AAAUAAAGUUUUAUGAUAUGAGAUACACGCCGCGGCGAUGGAUCAGUUUAGUUUAAACAUUCAAAUAGUAAGGGACGGUUUGCUUUAAAGCUUGAGUUCGUGACAUAAUAACAGUGCGCAAGGACGGAAAAGAAAAGCUAAGCAUCUAAACAGAAAUUUUUUGGGCAACCUGACGCACAAUAUUAGACCAUGGAUUACCAAUUUGUUUGCGUGUUGCAUAUUCUCGUAUUUGUGUUGGUGGUGCAUUUCCAAGCCGUUGAUGCCAUUGUAGGACGCGACGUAGUGCUCACCCCCAAACAUGGUCUAGAGUUGAAUGGGAAAAGUAUUUUUUAUGAGGAAGAAUCUAGUACAACUGUAGCGCAAAACCAGUCGCUUCUGCGCCCGUGGGAACGUACACUCAAACACGUAACAUACGCUACACUUUUCGCGAAUGACUCAGCCGACGCUGCUGCCGGGAAUGUCAGCAAACAAAACGCAUACAGCGACUUUCUGAAUUCCCCUUACCAGCCGUUAAACCGUGUUUUUGAUACACGCUUUGGAGAUAUUAUUACACUUGCAAGUGGACGCCUUGUGAAAAUAGGCAACAACUCUUACCGGUUCAUAGAAGGAGAAUGUGGUUAUGAUUGUGAUGGCGAUCAUGUGUGGGCUUUGUGGCAAGUUCAGAAGAUACGACAUCGUGAUGCCAACCGAAAAUUUCGUUAUGAAAUGAAAUUUAGUGUGAGCCCACUGCGUGCCGAAAGUGUGGGUAAUGUUAAAAGAAAGGCAGAAUCUGACAGCAACAAUAGCAAAGGGAGUGCGUUGCAAACGUAUAUACAACGAGAUGAUGAUUAUCCACAUACGUUUGGGAAGAUAGUCUACAACGAUUACUCCCGAUUUGCCGAUCGGCGGUUAGACGAUGUCGCAGGUAGAAAUUUGAAGAUUGCACCCACGAAUCAGCACCGGCCGGCGACACCAAUGCCCCAACCGACUUUUUUACAUAGCAUCUUCCAACCACCCCCACAAUUUCCUUCACCAGAGAAAUUAAAUAUUGGCGAGUAUAUAAAAAAUUACCCAAUUAAGGCGCCACCAAAGCUAGAAGUAUUUCCGAAUUUACUGAAUAUAGUGAGUCGGAAUUAUUAUCCCACACCCACCACAUAUCGUCCCAACUAUCAAACGAAAUUUCCACGCCCUGAAUUAUAUUCACCCACAUUGGAGCAUGAAACUAUUAAAUUUCCACUCAAUUCUCGUGAGUCAAACUUGUCUGGUGGGGUUGGUAAGUUAUCUACACCUGUGGUCACGCAUCACUUUCACCAUCAUUUUUAUAUGCCGAGCGCUACAAGUAUCGAAAAUGAUCCCAGUAGUGCUGAAAAACCUUUAAAUAAGCCAACAAAAUCCUAUAAAAACGUAGUGAGCGAAACCACAGCACCGACAUUUUUCAAUAACUAUUAUAAUACUGGCAUGAAAAACAUUUUUCAACAGGGUCUCCAGGCAGUAAACCCGAUAAGUUUUCCUAAAACGGAGACACAGGUGCGCAAAGAGCAUGUGGUGCAAGUCACGCCAGUAGUGCCAUUGAAGAGGCCACAUAUUUAUCAGAUACCGAUUGACUCAAAAGUUCCUCUACUUAUCUAUCCAGCACCUGUAGUAGAGGACGAACAACCUUUACCACGUAAUAAACCCUUUAUACAAAGCGAACCGAUGGAUGAAGAUCCUAUACGAUAUUCUGAACCUGAUCCACUUUACUUAAGCUUAGCGCACAACCCUCCCCUUGACGGACAAUCUUACGAACUGGGCGCAGUUCAAUUGGAGUCGCCAAAAAUUAAUCAAUACACAGAAUAUGCAGAUAUCCACAUAAGCGCUGUGGAUAGCAGAAAAGUAGCAAAGCCUAACUCGAUAGCUGAGCAAUUACCCGCACCUGACAAUGAUCAGGAUGAGCGCAUUCUAUAUGAAGAUGAAUCACAGGAGGCUAGUAAGCUAAAAAUCGAUUUAGAACAAAAACCAAGCCAAAAAGACCUGCAAAUAUCAUUUAAAAAUAAGCAGAUUGAUCCAAACACUGAAACACAAACGACCAGCAGCACGACGGAGAGCCUUAUAGUAGCUGCCAGCAGUACGCCCUCUGCAACUACAAGCACGACCACCCUUUCACCUUCUAGAACAGAGCUUUUUACUACAACCACUACUCAAUUGGAACCGUUUAACACAACAAGUCCUUCCUUACUGACUACUGCUUUGCAUACCACAAAUUUGCUGCUCUCAGCCACAACUGCAAUGCCGUCUACGACAUUCAUAGAUGAUGCUACGAUUCCGACUAAGCAUAGCACGCAAAACUUUAUUUCUACUUCCACAUCAGAGAUGCCUUCUUUACGCGCGAUCAGCCGAUAUCGACUGAAACGUCCAUUUACAACAAGCACCGAGCAGCCGGUGCUUAAGUGGGAACCUCGACGUAAACAUUCAUUUAUAAAUAAUGACGUGAAAACGAACUCAGAAACCAAGCCUGCGAAUACAAACUCAUCUAAAGUAGAGAAAAAACGUGAGUUGAAAGAGCAAAAUCAGAGACACGAAAAUCAAUUGUCCACAGGAACAGGGAACAAUUCAACUGAAGCUGCCAAUAACAUCAGGCUCGCAAAAAAGAGCAGUGAGGUAAUCGAAGUGCUCACUCAAAAAUCGGUUAGCAAGUCGGUUAGCAUCAAAGUUGGUAGCAAUGGUGAGGAAAUACCAGUUAUCGUUGAUGAUAGUGACCAUGAUGAGAAUGAGGUGAAAACUGAUUAAAAAGUUAAUUUUAAUUUCAUUUUGCUGUGUGCUUUAAAUACCAAAAAUUGUAGAUAUUUGAGUCUGUUAAUGAAAUUUCAAACAUUUCAUUAUAAUUUUUCCAUAUGUAAAAAGUAAGAAUAAAACUGUUAAAUUAUAUUUUUUAUCGUAUGUAUUUAAAAUAAAUAAAUAUAAGUACGAAAAAAUGUAUCCAAUUUCU